AGUAAAUCAGACAGAGCUCCACCAGCUCCUCCACUGAAAUUUAACCCUGUUGCAAGUAUUUUUGGCCGCUGAUAGGACCCAGUGAGAUCACUGCGGUCCCUUUUCUCGGAUAGCCUCAAGAGUUGUUCGGCAAGAGCAACGCAGGGACCGUUUUCGCUCUCAUUUCUGUUAUAUAUCUUCAUUUUAUAUCACACUGGAAAUGUCCGAAAACAAGCCGAAUGAUGAGCCGAAGUUAUCUACGACGGACAGGGUGGUGAAAACUGUCCCCUUCCCCCCCAGUCACCGGCUGACAGCUAAAGAGGUGUUUGACAGCGAGGGGAAGCCCAAAGUGGACGUGCUGAAAGCCCAUCUAACCAAGGAAGGCCGCGUGGAAGAGGCGGUGGCUCUCAGGCUCAUAGGCGAGGGCGCCGCCAUCCUGCGCGCGGAGAAAAACCUGCUGGACAUCGAGGCCCCCGUGACAGUUUGCGGGGACAUCCAUGGCCAGUUCUUCGACCUGAUGAAGCUGUUUGAAGUAGGAGGAUCGCCAGCAUCCACGCGCUACCUUUUCCUGGGGGAUUACGUCGACAGAGGGUAUUUCAGUAUUGAAUGUGUGCUGUACUUGUGGGCCUUAAAGAUCCUUUACCCCAAAACACUGUUUUUGCUGCGUGGGAAUCAUGAAUGUCGACAUUUAACAGAGUAUUUCACAUUUAAGCAGGAAUGUAGAAUUAAGUAUUCAGAGAGGGUGUAUGACGCAUGUAUGGACGCCUUCGACUGCCUUCCCCUGGCUGCUCUUAUGAACCAGCAGUUCCUGUGUGUACAUGGCGGGCUAUCUCCAGAAAUCACAAAUCUCGACGACAUCAGGAAACUAGACAGAUUCAAAGAGCCCCCAGCUUACGGACCCAUGUGUGACCUGCUGUGGUCCGACCCCCUGGAGGACUUUGGCAACGAGAAGAGCCAGGAGCACUUCACACACAACACAGUGCGAGGCUGCUCCUAUUUCUACAGCUACCCUGCAGUCUGUGACUUUCUACAACACAAUAACUUAUUAUCUAUCAUCCGGGCCCAUGAAGCGCAGGAUGCUGGAUACCGCAUGUACAGAAAGAGUCAGACCACUGGCUUCCCGUCCCUCAUCACCAUCUUCUCAGCUCCCAACUAUCUAGAUGUCUACAACAACAAAGCGGCGGUGCUGAAGUACGAGAACAACGUGAUGAACAUCCGGCAGUUCAACUGCUCGCCUCACCCUUACUGGCUGCCCAACUUCAUGGACGUCUUCACCUGGUCCCUGCCGUUCGUCGGAGAGAAAGUGACUGAGAUGCUGGUGAACGUACUGAGCAUCUGCUCCAACGACGAGCUGACGACCGACGAGGAGCUGGACGGUGCCACAGCUUCUGCCCGUAAAGAGGUCAUCCGCAACAAGAUCCGCGCCAUCGGGAAGAUGGCCCGGGUAUUCUCUGUGCUCAGAGAGGAGAGCGAGAGCGUGCUGACGCUGAAGGGACUGACCCCGACGGGCAUGCUGCCGAGCGGAGUGCUGUCCGGCGGCAAGGAGAAGCUGCAGAAUGCUACUAUUGAGGCCAUUGAGGCUGACGAAGCCAUCAAAGGCUUCUCGCCGCAGCACAAGAUCACCAGCUUCGAGGAGGCCAAGGGCCUGGACCGCAUCAACGAGCGCAUGCCGCCGCGGCGGGACGCGCUGCCCUCCGACGCCAGCCUCAACUCGCUCAACAAGGCGCUGUCCUCGGAGACCAACGGCACGGACGCCAAGGGCGGCACCAGCGGCGGCGGCGGCGGCGGCAGCAGCAGCAUCCAGUGAAGGGGGCCCGGCGGGGCUGACGUCCAGCGUUCAUAACCCCGAGAGGGGGAAAGGGAGAGGUGGGGGUGGGAGGAGGAGGAGGAGGAGGAGGGGUUGAGCGGCGUCUCGGCCGCUAGUCGCUGGGUAUGUCUUCAAAUUAUUAGUCCGAUCUGCUAAGUUAUUGCCACGAUUCCGAAAAGGGGGUGGAGGGGGGUGUCACAUCCCAGCAUGACCCAGAGAGGAGGAGGAGGAGGAGGAGGAGGAGGAGGAGGAGGAGGAGGGGGAGGGGUGUUAAAAGUCGACUUAUUUUCCUUCUUUUAUUUGUUUUUCCCGAAACGACCCUUUGCUCACCUUAAGUCGUGUAACUUCUUACUAACUAUCGUACGUUUACAAAAACACAGCACUAAAAAAAAGAAAAAAAAGGAAAAAAAAAAAAACAA